AUGGCAUGCUUAAACAUGUCGAGCAACGAUCAAUCCUUGUACAACACGAUCAAUGGUCCAAGAAUCUCAUUUUCAAAUGAUUUUCUUGAGCCCAUCAAGCUAGAGAAGAGCUAUAGAGAAGCCCCCGUGUCCUCGGAUUUCGAGUUCUCUGUCCGGAACUACUCUAUGAUCUCUGCAGAUGAGGUUUUCUUCAAUGGCAAAAUGCUGCCAUCAAGGGACAACUUCACGAAGACGACUACUCUCAGAGACGAGCUCCUUGCUGGUGACGAUGAUUGUGAGGAUGUUUCCUCGCUGAGGCUGGUCAAGGGUGCGAGCCGCUGGUUUGGGCUCAAGAGAUCACACAACGUUGUGCCUAAGAAGAGUGAGAAGAAGAGUUUGGGAAGUAUAGAUGAGAUGAAGGCCUCAGAGAUGGAUGUUUUUGCCAAGUUUACCAGGAAGAAAUAAUGCAUUUUGUAAAAUUGGUCGCUUUUUGUUGGUUGUAAAGUGUUGCUGAUUGACGAGUUUUGGAUGUUGCUGCUGCUCAAGUUAGAAGAAUCGAUGUAGAUUUUGAGCCCUUUUUGUAUAAUCUAACAAUUUGAUCCUAUGUUUCUUACUGUCACCAAUCUGUGUUUCAUAUUUCAACAUCAUCGUGUAAAAUUCAACAGUCACUGCAAACUCAAAUAAAACACGAGACUGAAACACAAAACAACGUGACUAAACAUUCUCGUAACGAUAAAGCAAACAUACAUACAACAUACAAACAACAUACUAAGAGAGCCUUUCACCAAGGAGCAGCAGCAGCCUCUCUAAAAACAUAGACCUGCUCUUCGUUUUUCGCUAUGAGACCAUCAAUCUCAGCAUCAAGAUUCUGUAUCUGGAUCUUGACAUCCAAGAGCUUCAAGUUGAGGCGUCGCGUUUCUUCUUUGGCUUCAGCUCUUUCGCACCUCUUCUGCUCAAUUAUAUCUUCGACUUGGCGAGAGAGAGUGAGCAGCUUAUCUAUCCGGGCACGCAGGAAUCCCACCACCAUGCCCAACUCCUCGAAAGCUUUAAGAGCCGUAUCCCAGUUACGCAAGUGGUCAGCAGCGCCCGCACUUGGCUUGGCUGCUCUGAUAGCAUCGGCUAUGUUGGAGGUCUCAGAUAUCAUACCAGCAGCUAGCUUCGUGUUGAGGCCCUUCAUAAGAUUCUCAUGGAGAAACGUGUUUUGGCUGCGACAGAGCUCGUAAUACUUUCUUCUGAGAUGUAAAGGCAUCUCUGCAUCGAUCAUUAGGCCAUCAACGUGGAUGCUGAAAUCUUUGAAGCUCUUCACGUCUUUGAAACUUAGAAAAGAUUCUGAGAAUUUGAUGCCAUCCAUGGUCUCUGAACUAGCAUGAUCGUUGUCAUCUCCAGUUUGAUUGGGUGCAGCUUCACUAGGAUAAACCGAUCCUCCUGUAUCUUUGAUUUGUUUGUUUUUAGCAGGAUAGAGCUCCACACAUUUGUCCCUUGCUGUUUCAGUAAUCAGCACAUCUUCUUCUUCCAUUUUCACCAUCAAGGUGGAAUUAUCAUUUUCAGUUGUUGGCUCUGCAUGAAAACUUAGAUUUUGAAGGGUUCUAGCUCCAUCAAUAUCUGUAACGCUUCUGCUUCUCACAAUGUGUACCUUGAAUAAAGGGUAGAGAGAGUCAGAUGUGGCUU